UGGCAGGUUGGGAGGCAAGGCAAGGCUGCUAUGCCAAUGGAGGAGGAGGAGGAGGAGGAGGAGGGUCGUCGGCGGAGCGGCGGCGGCGGCGGCGAGCAGAGGACGAUGGAAGGGGAGGAGGAGGCGUGGCGGCGUUGGGCUGUUCUGGUUGCGACGGUGUGGAUCCAGGCUCUGACGGGGACCAACUUCGACUUCUCGGCCUACUCGUCGGCGCUCAAGUCGUCGCUGGGCAUCUCCCAGGAGGCGCUCAACUACCUGGCCACCGCCUCCGACCUCGGCAAGGCCUUCGGCUGGUCCUCCGGCCUCGCCCUGCUCUACAUCCCCCUCCACGCCGUCCUGCUCGUCGCCGCCGUGCUGGGGCUCGCCGCAUACGCCCUGCAGUACGGAUGCCUGGUCUCCGGCAACCUCGCCGCAAUCCCAUACCCGAUGGUGUUCUUGGUCUGCUUGAUAGCAGGGUGCAGCAUCUGCUGGUUCAACACAGUCUGCUUUGUUCUCUGCAUACGCAGCUUCUCCGCAAGCAACCGCCCCCUGGCCCUCUCCCUCUCAAUAAGCUUCAAUGGCCUCAGCGCCGCCUUCUACACUCUCUUUGCAAAUGCCCUAUCCCCUUUGUCCCCAUCUGUCUACCUCCUCCUCAAUGCCAUGCUCCCUUUUGCCGUUUCUAUUCUUGCGCUCCCAGCUAUACUUCUCUGCCACAAGCAAGAAAGCCAACACCACAGCACGCCCAACCAUGACAGGCGUGUCUUCCUUGGCCUCUACAUCCUCGCAUUCGUCACCGGCUCAUAUCUGGUGGUAUUUGGAUCUUCCACCGCAACCAGGUCUGCUGCAUGGGUCAUCCUCACAGGCGCCAUGGUCCUCCUCGCCCUUCCUCUCAUCAUCCCUGCCUGCUCCAGUUGCUCGUAUGUGGAUACACAUGGCCAUGAUGACCCACAUAAACCGCUACUAAUCAGUAACAAUCAUCAGGCAGAGUCCAAUGCCGUGAUGGAAAAAACAAUGGAGCACCAGCCGCAGGGCAGUUGUGGAACAUUACUACACAAGGGCCGCCUAGUGGUGCUUGGUGAAGAACAUAGUGCAAAGAGGCUCAUUGGGUGUGUGGACUUCUGGCUCUACUACACAGCCUACUUCUGUGGAGCCACUGUUGGGCUGGUAUACAGCAACAACUUGGGGCAGAUUGCACAAUCACUGCACCAGCAGUCACAGCUCACCAUGCUACUUGCUGUCUACUCAUCCUUCUCCUUCUUCGGUCGUCUUCUCUCUGCACUCCCCGAUGUCCUUCACAGGAAGGUGUCACUUGCUCGGACAGGGUGGCUUGCUGCUGCCUUGGUGCCCAUGCCAAUGGCCUUUUUCCUUAUGUGGAAACAACAAGAUGGAAGUACUCUGAUAGUAGGAACAGCACUAGUUGGCCUAAGCUCAGGGUUCAUCUUCGCUGCAGCAGUGUCGGUGACCUCCGAGCUCUUUGGACCAAAGAGCGUCGGUGUGAAUCACAACAUCCUAAUCACCAAUAUCCCACUGGGCUCAUUCCUCUAUGGCCAGAUUGCUGCCAUGGUAUAUGACGCAAAUGGCCAAAGGAUGUCAGUAAUGGAUAACCGCACUGGCACAAUUGACACCAUGAUUAUGUGCAUGGGGGUGAAGUGCUACUCAACCACCUUCUUUGUGUGGGGUUGCAUCACAUUGCUGGGGUUAGCAUCGAGCAUAGUCCUAUUCAAAAGAACAAAACCAGCUUAUGCUGCUACUGCUAGUCGAUCAAGUUGUAAGCACCAAGUUUCCAGUUGAACAGAGAAACUCCUUGACCAGUGCCUUGCUGCUUUGAAAUCAUUGUUAGCUUGUACAAAAUUAUGGUUUAGUUUUAGCUGAAAUUGUUACAUAUAGGUACACGAAAUGAGUACCACCACAAGACACAUCAAGAAGAUAGGAAAUUACUAGCUUAGCAGCUGGUAUGUACAGAACCAGUAUUCCAUUUACUGGGCAUUAAUACUAACAAGUAGGCCCAAGAUUUCAUGAAAUCAGCUUGGAACGUUUGUUGCUGGUUGAAUUGAGAUGUGUAAAAUUCUACAUAUUUACUGUUGUUAUGUACUCUCUCCGAUUCAAAAUACAUGCUGUUUACGACAUCGACAAGGCCUAAAAGUUGACCCUUUGACCAAUGAAAAUAUGACAUUUCAAAGGAAGGUAACUAAAUAUUUUGAAAGUACUUCUCAUGGUUAAUCUAGUAACAUCUAUCUUACAUUUUCAAUCUAUAUUGUCUUUUAUAUAUUGAUGGUCAAAGUAAAAAAAACAGUUAACGACAGGAAUCCUAGAAUGAUACGUAUUUUGUAUCAAGGUAGUAAUAUAUGAUGAUUCAACACAUGCUAGAGCUCAGAGAAAAUAACUUAUCUUUCAAUCUUUGCCAGGGUGACACUGUUUACAUUAAAUAAGGAGGGCAAUGAGUUUUCUAAAUAGCAGAAAAUGAAACACAGUUUUUAAUUUUGGAAGGAUGCCUAGAUGGACCCCUCCAGUGAGCUGUAAUAAGAAAAGAACUGUACUUCACUAAGCAACCCUUGGAGCAUUCGAUUAUCAUGCAAACAAAUGGACCUCCGCCACCUUUUUUUAACAUAUAAUUUUGCUAUUAUAUUAUUAAAAUAAUAUAGUAUAAAGCAAAAUCCAGUGUGGACGUGUACAAGUUGGCACAUGCCUAUAAACAUUCCUGGAAGCUACCAUCCAGCAAUUUCAGGGAAGUAGGAGAGACCAAAAUGAUCAGAAAUUAACAGCUGGUAUGUAAAUUACAAGACCGGCGCUCAAUUUACAGGGCAUUAACACUAACAAGUCGGCCCAAGAUGGAAUUGCAUCAGUUUGGACUGUUGUUGCUGGUUGAGUGGAUUUGUGUGCAAAAUCCUCCAUAUAUACUCUUUUUAUAUAAUACUUAAUGACAUAAAGUAUGCAGAACUUUGGAGACCGAAUCUGACUAGCAUGUCAGCUUUGUGCCAAAAAUGAUAAUCAAAAAACUUUUUUUCAAUCUUUGUCAAGGUGAUGCUGAUACAGCAAACAAGGGGUCAAAUGAGUUCUUCAAAUAGCACAAAAUGACACGCAACAUCUUUAAAUUUUGCAAGAAUGGUCUAGAUGGACUAUUCCAGCGAGCAGUAACUACAAGGAACUAUACUUCAAUUAGUGAUCCACGUAGCAUACAAUUAUCAUACAAAGAAACAAACAAUUUUCACCAUUUUCUAAACCUAUAACUUCACUGAUAUGCUGUUAAAACAAAAUAUAACAAGUGAAAUCCAGUCUGAACGUGCACAGUUUAGCUCAGUUGUGAAAUCUAGGACAAAUAAUUCGACAAGCGCAAACAAUUCAUAUGCAUGUUACCUCAUUCAAGGGGUCUAUAAAUGGAGGACGCAAACAGUUGACAUGACUCAUAACUCAUGA